AUGUUUCCGCCGUUGUUACGAGAUCUGGCAGCUGGAUCACUCCCUGCUCACUGUGAACCCACGUCACCCUUCUUGACCGCUAUCUCCUCACAUCUCCACAUCUGUCUCCCCACACCACUCGCGUUGGUGUCGAUCGUUCUCGGAAACCUGAGUUUCGUGUCAUGGCUCUUCGCCCAACUACCACAAAUCUUCAAGAACUACCAGCUGCAGUCAACAUCAGGACUGUCUAUUUUCUUCCUUAUCAUCUGGUGCGCAGGAGAUAUCAGCAAUCUCAUAGGUGCACUGUUUACCCGCCAGGCAGGAUGGCAGGUCAUGGUUGCUUGUUACUACGUUUUCGUUGACGUUACCUUGGUCAUCCAGUUCUUCUGGUAUACCCACUAUAAAUCCCGGCGUUAUGAGGAAUAUGAUGAUUUACAAUCCUCUCAUCACCACCACCAAGAGUCCGACGCACGGGGUGAAUUCUUGCAAGGCAACAAUGCGACCCACCAGCCCCAUGGCCCGGUUGACAUGACAGUGAAGACAACAAACGUCCAUGACAUGGGCGUUCAAACUGGCUCGACCCUCAACUCUACAAUCGCGCGGAGCGCGUCUUACACGAAUGAGAAACAAUCCUCACGUCGACCCGUGCGGAUGGGUAGCAGCGCCACCAGCCCGCCUUUUGCACUGCCCCGCACAAUGCUAAUCGCCUCCUUGUUAUGCGCUGUCCUGGCAAACGCCGCACCAACUGAGCCUAAACCCUCACCUCAUCCACCCAUCACCCACGCACCGAACGAGGCCAUCCUUGAGAUCGUAGGCCGCAUCUUCUCCUGGGCGUCUACGCUCCUCUACCUCGGCUCGCGCCCACCACAGCUGUACAAGAACUACUGCCGCAAGAGCACAGAAGGACUUUCACCUUUGAUGUUCUUUGCAGCUUUCUGUGGAAACUUCUUCUACUCGGCUUCGUUAUUGACGAAUCCCAACGCCUGGUCUGAUAUGGCACCAUAUGGCGGCGGUGGCUGGGCCGAUAGCCACGGCAAUGACCGCUGGGAAUGGGUCGGGAGGGCGAUGCCUUUCUUCCUGGGUGCAUUUGGAGUCCUAGGAUUGGAUGGUUUCAUGGGCGUGCAGUUUCUCAUGUACGGAUCUCCCGACGAGGAUGAUGUGAGUUUCAUCGGCUCAGAAGACGGAGAUGGAAAGCGUGGACGGGGCCGGUGGAGACGCGUGCAGGGAUGGAUGCGUGGCUGGAUUCCUUCUGCUUCGCCCCCUCCCGGUGACCGCUCACGCUCACGCACCGCUAGAUCACAGGAAGGGCAAGCUCUUCUUGGUGCCGAGCAAGGGCGGUAUGGUACUGUUUAG